UUGACGGAGAAUCCUAUUUAGGAAAACACCCUUGAUGAAGAAAGCACGAAGCAAAGAGGAAAUUUUGCAUGGAUCUUUCCAAGUGUGACGGGCACUGUAACGCGGGGACCAUCUCCGGGAGGGCUCCUGGGGCACUUGGGAUCACUUGGUACAAAAGGAGAGCCUUCAUUCAGCCCCGAGCAUCUGAGCUGGCUGUGGUUGAGGAUUACAAGAGCUGUUUUGAUCAGGGGAAAAAUUCUGUUUUUAGCACAGGCAGCAAUUAAAAUAGCUCGUGAAUCUAAACGCCUUGGGGAGCUGUCAUAAAAGGAGGUAGAAAAUCCAUCUUCUGCACUCCUCUGCAGCCAGAGAUGUGCCUGGAGAAAGAAGAGGAGAAGAGAGCUUGAGGGUCACCUGGUGAAAAAGGACAAGCCGAGCCAUCGAGCCAGACACGCCAAUUUGAUCUCCAGAUGGCUGAGGAGGGUCUCCGGGGUUCAAGCACCCCCUUCUCGCUCUCCUUCUCGGGCAGCGGCUUCCUUGCCCUGUACCAGGUCGGGGUGGUGCAGUCCCUGCUGGAACUGGCUCCCGAACUCCUCAAGUCCGCCUGCAAGGUCUACGGGUCGUCCGCCGGCUCGCUCAUCGCCGCCGCCGUCGUGUGCGGCAUCGACAUCGAUGACCUAAAGGAAUUCUUCUUUGCCAUGGCAAAGGAAGCCAGGAGAACCAUCCUGGGCCCUCUCUCUCCCAAGUGCAGCUUGAUGGCAAAUAUCAAGACUGUUCUGGAGCGGAUGCUGCCGGAGGACUCGUACCAGCUGGCUUCGGGGCGGCUGCACAUCUCACUCACGCGGGUGGCAGAUGGCCAAAACGUCAUAGCCUCGGAGUUCAGCUCGAAAGAGGAGCUCAUUCAGGCUCUCCUCUGCAGCUGCUUUCUUCCUAUCUACUGUGGAUUCAUCCCUCCAUCCUACCGGGGUGUGCGAUACGUUGAUGGAGGAUUCACCGGCCUGCAGCCCGUCUCCAGCUUGGAGGAAGCCGUGAUCACCGUGUCCCCCUUCACGGGAGAGCUCGACAUCUGUCCGCGGGAUUGCCCCGCUAUCUUCUUCUGUUUCCAGAUCUUCAACGGCAGCAUUCAGAUCUCGAUAGAAAACCUCUGCAGGAUUAGCUACGCCCUCUUCCCACCUAGCACCAUGGUCUUGAACGACAUUUUCUCGCAGGGGUACCAGGACACUGCCCUUUUCCUGUACAGGAACAAUGCCUUUGGCUUUAACUACUUCAAUAGCAAUUUCUGCUUCGCCAGCAUGUGUGGGAAGAACGACUUCGCGCAAUCCAACAGGACACGCACCGGCCUCCGCAAAAGGGUACUGCAGUACCCGCUCCCUUGCUUCCUGCCAGGCUUGGCUCUGUGGAAGAAAGAGCAGAUAACCGGACUGCAGGAUCCACUGUCGAAAGUCCUGUUGCAGCCAUACAGGCUGCCAGCUUUUUUCAGGAAGGGGUUGCAGAAGAUGUGGCGCCUGCUGGGAGGUAUCAGCUCCAUGGUAAACUGGUUCCAGAAGCUCCUCCAAACCGCGGUGCCUGGUUUGCCUAAGAGAGCCAUGGCCAGGACGUGAGGUGCUUGGAGAAUGCAAACCCUCAGCGGAGGAAGAGCAGGGUACAGAGCAGGGAAACCCUGAAGGACCUCACCCAUGGGCUGAGCAUGGCUAAAACCUCCAAACCUGGGGCACCCCACAUUAAAAGUAGCUGGUUUUUUUCCCUGUGAUAUUAUUUAUUUAGUGACAUCUGAAAGGAGCUAUGAACCAGCCUAGUGCUGCUUCCCCACAGCAACAUGUUCCUGUUCCAGAGCAUUAUCUGCUGGGCUCUGUCCUAGCAGGACAUCAGAUGCAUCCAACAAGAUCCUGAGAGAUGUUUUGGCACUAGAAUCUCAAGGGUUCAAGGCAUUUAACUUGUCACACAGACAGCUUUUAAGCUGUAACUCCCCAAAACCUACUGGCAAGUUACUUCACAUGCAGCUGGUGAAGAGACCUGCACAGGACGGUUUCACACUGCAGGCAGCUACACAGCUCCUCAGCUGUGAACAAGCCCUUCAGUAUCAAAUGUCCCUGGGGCUUCUUGUCCCUGUUGAUUCAUCCACCCUGGCUCAACUAACUGCCAGCUUGUUCUCUCCUGUAACCACCCUGGAUGGGCCCUGGGGGUCUCCGCCACCACAUGGUUCUGCUGCCCUGGGAAGUGGUGGGCAACAUCAGAGCUCAUUUCACACACCAGCACGGCUGCUGGGUUUUGAUGGAGUGUUUUGGGGGUGGUUUUGGGUUUUUUUUCCACUUGAGGAAACUAGCUGGUUUUGUUCCCAGUAGUGCUGCCGCAGUCUCCCUGCCCAGGCCUGAGCUGCUUCCAGAUGCCAGCCAAGGCGUUUAACUGCGGUGCUGCACCUGCGAUCAAACAGCAGCCUGCACAGGGGAGACAGGGCAGCUGUACUUGCGUGCAUGCACAGCCCAGCCACUCCACUUGCUGAUCGCCAGCAGCAUCCCUCCCCCUGCUUUAAUGCAGAUUACAGGGCAGGCAUUUGCCAGCAAAUGUCACAUUUCAGCUGUUUUCCUCUCACUCAGAAACUUUCAGAGAGAUUCAUCAAACAGAGAGAGAGGGAGAAGCCUUAGGGAGCAUCACACUGGGCAGGAACUAAUUUUUGUUCAGUUCCCUGAAGUUAUUUUACCAAUUACAUAUUCUUGAGCUUCACACACCCUUGGAGGCCUGCUUCUCCUGCCAGCAGAGCUAGGUGCACAUUUGGACCCCUCUGAAUUUGCAGCUGUGGAGAAAGAUGAAAAGACCUAAAGAUUUACCUUCCCCUACUUCGAAAUACCACAGUCUUGCAGACUGCAUCUCUUAUUGCAGCAGGAGAGCUGACAUUUCACAAAUACAUUCGUUUUUUUCAUGCAGUUUUCUGUAACUCGCUGCUACAAACAGCUGUAUGGUCCAGGCAAACAUGCCUCACGUAGCUGGCCUGCAUGCAGAAUGAAUUAGCAGCACACUUAAUCAUCCCAAACACAUUUUAAUAUCAGAAGCUGACGGACUGGCUUUACCCUAACUGAGUCUCCCCUGUUUGUUGGUUCCCAACGGGCAACAAACUGAUCACAACAGCCCAAGCCAUUUAUUUGAAUGAACAGCUCAUUCAAUCGCACAAAGGGAAAUGGUAAAGAAGGAGGUUUCAUCCAAAGUGCCCUGGAGACUGCAGACACAAACUGGGGGACAGUGGAAGGCUGCAUCAAUGUAAACAGGUCCAAAAUUAACCAUGAAUGCUCCGUGAAAGACGAAUACGUUCUGCUGCUUCUGGUUGAAAUCGAUGACCUGGAGAUAUUUUCUCUGCAAUGAGCUUGCUAAAAGCAACUUGGAUACUUAUUUGCUUUGGAUCCAUCAAAACCUACUCCUGUCUUCCUUCCAUCCUGGACAGAUUCACAUCUCUCAACCCCUGCAGCCAAAGCUGGGCUGCUCAAAACCAGCUUGCAAACUGUGACUAUGCUCCUGCCACAGAUCGAAGUGGAGAGGGCACAGAGACACCCACUACUCCCCAGGCAGGAGCGGGGCCAGCCAGCCCAUCAUCUGCUUUUGCUCAUAUUACACUUCUGCUUUCUCCCCCCAGGCAGACAGCCCCACUUCUGCAACAGCCCUUGUGCCAGGCUCCUGGUCUUCUGAGCAAGCACCACCACCUCCAGGCAGGAUAUAACUAUUUCAGUCAGCCUCAGGCAGUUCCACUAGCCCUAUUCAAAUGGGAAUUAAAAUCCCCAAAAGAAAAUUUUCCUAUAGGAAUUGGACAUCCAAAUCCACUACACUUGCCUGCAAAUCUUAGUCACAAACAGGAGCACAGUUUGAACUACCUGGUGCAUCCUACCUGUCCCUACACAACAUAGUGCUUGAUCAUAAAAAGUUAGCAAAACUUUGAGAACUUCAACAAAAAACAGCCUACAAAGAACACCCAAAAAACCCCCAGUCAUAGCACAGAGCCCCCCUGCUCCAAACCUGCAGCAAUGUGCCAAGAUAUUAGUCUUUAAUGACUUGCCAUUUAAAUCGGCUGCCUUUUGUUUUAUUAAUCCCCCAUCUUUUCAAGCAAGCACACCUGGUGCUGUCUCCUCUGCAUCAGCCUGGAGCUAACGGCAAAAGGAGGCUUUGCCAGAGGCAAGGGAUAGAGGCAAACUUUGUCAUCUCUGAA